CCUCAUUGCGACUGCGCAAGGAAGUCCUUUCGAAACCAGGACAGCUAAUCGGUGCGUGACCUGGCGAAUGGUAUGCUCAAAACGGAAGUGCACAAAAACAAACAGUAAAAGAGCAGACUUCCGCUUUUCGCAGCAUGAGCUCACACUAUCUCAAUUCCUGUGUGAAAGUGCCAAUCGAUCCUUGUAACAACUGUCCGGCUCCGGUCUACAACCGCCCUAAGCUCUGUUCCCUUGGAGGAAAGAAGCCGACAGAUAAGACUCCCAUUGCGUCACCGAAGAACGAGACACCUGCGUGGAGCACCCAGAUGGGUGUCAGGUCCCUUGCUAAAUUCUAUGAUAGUAUACCUGACUACUGUGAUGUUAAGCACCUGCAGCAUUCCGAGUUCUACUCCACGCUAGAGAGUCUUCGAAGCACAAGCCGUGAACUGCGGUCCCAGCCAGCUGCUGCUCCGACUCGAGAGCGAUGCGCCAGUGCCAGCAGCAGUUCUAUGGGUCCUGGAAAGUCUAAGAAACGACCGUCCAAAGGGAAGAAGAUAAAAAAGCGUCCUCUGACACUGGAUCCUGCUCCUCCGCCACCAAUCGUAGUGAUCCCCGAGCAUCAGAAUAGAUGUGACACUCACCCAGUGGUCCAUACUCCGAAUUCCAGUUGUCUUAGCGAGGAGUACGACAAGUGCCUCAGGGAUUUGAGUCGUCUAAAGAGCUUUAAGGAGGAUUUUGCCGUAGAGGUGGCGGAUUUUAAAAGGUCGCUGAAAAGUUUCGAAGCAGAGUUUCGCAGGCCAAAAUCCACCAGCAGCAAUGGGACUCAAACACAGACCCACAGCCAGACCCAGAGCCAAAACCGUUCCCAGCCAACUUCCAAUCCAGGCCAACAUACAGCAGAACGGGCUAAAUGUCGGAGAGAAAUGCUGCGCAGGUGCUUUAGUGUCAAUGAUCUUCAAGGAUGUUCAACUACCUCAGAACGCCAAUCCAAACCUUCGAAACCAGUUCAGCCUGCGCUCAGCAACUAUUUCCCCCACCGUAAGGAGGAAGAGGUCCCCAAAAUACAGAUACAAUCGCCCACCACUUCAUCGAAGCGAAGCAGUAGUGCCUCCACUGUAGGAAGAGUUCGAGGAAGACGUGGCAGGGGGAGGAAAACGAAGCCAAGUUCUACCGCUAAGGAUGAGAAGCCACUGCCACCGCUAAGCAUCUUCGACCUGCCGGAGGAACCGAUCCAAAGACGAACGCCCAGUGUGUCGCCAUUACACCCAGUUUCUCGGCCAAAUCUUGCAGCCACUUUGAGGGCAGAAGUUUCCAGGAAAAAGGUUAAGGAGCUAAAGAACAACUGCACCUUUCAUGACCCCCGUCCGCAAUUUGACUGGGAGGUGAGAAAGACCCCUGCUUGGAAGUCACUGUCCCUAAACGAAUCUCACAAGGCUUUGUUAUCAAUUCGGUUAGCCACCCGGAAGGCAGAGCAAGCUUUCCAAGAACGCCAAUACGAAUUGCAUAUGGAAAUGAUGCGACAGCGGGUAAAAUCCGCUCCUCUUCUCCUCGAGGGCCCCACCUUCUGGGGACCGGAAGUAGGCAAGCUGACCCACACCUGUCGUAGCGAGGAAAUGCGCCACUCGUGCGAGGGCAGCCGGCAGCGGAGGAAGAAAAAGUCGGAGUGCCCAGUCCCAGAUACAGAUACCAAGCUCCAGCAGCUGCGCAAAAUUUAUGGUUCUGAAAAGUCCUGCUCGAGGCAAUCUCAAAGAAGCAAGCGCUCUGGAAGACGGCCACAUGGACUAGUUACAGAGACGCCCACCCACGAUAGCGGCGACGACCUGUGCAGCGUAGAUCGUGCCUUCCUCUAGAGAAUCACCUAAUUUCUAAACACCUAGUCACAAUAUAUGUAUUCUUUUUG